GAUGAGAAUGACAAUGCCCCAGAAAUAACAAUAUCAUCCAUCACCAACCCCUUACCAGAAAACUCUCCCCCAGAAACACUGGUGGCUGUGUUCAGUGUCUCCGGAAAUAAUGGCAAGACUACCUGCAACAUUGCUGCAAACCUGCCUUUUCUGCUGAAACUCACAAAGGACAAUGUUUACCACCUUGUGACUCAACAACCAUUGGACAGAGAAGAAAUGUCAGAAUAUAACAUCACCAUCACAGCUGUUGACCAAGGUUUCUCCAAGCGCACUUCAAUAACAGUUAUUAACAUUCAAAUUUCAGAUGUCAAUGACAACUCUCCAAUAUUUGAAAGAUCUUUCUAUGAUUUGUACUUGCAAGAAAACAACAUUCUAGAUUUGUUCAUUGGAACAGUCCAUGCUGUGGAUGUAGAACAGAACGCCAAAGUGACCUAUUUGCUCUUGCCUGGGAAGGUCAGGGAUAGAUCUGCAUUGUCUUACAUCUCCAUCAACUCUGAAACUGGGAACCUGUAUGACAUUUGAUCUAUAGAUUAUGAGGACAUACAAGACUUCCAGGUGAUGAUGAGGGCUACAGAUAAAGGCUCACCUCCACUGAGCUCAAAAGCAAUGGUCUGAGUUCUUAUCAUGGAUGAAAAUGACAGUGCCUCCUUCAUCCUCUGUCCACUUCAGAACAGCACUUCUCCAUCAAAUGAUCUUGUUCCCAGGGGAGUAGAGGCCGGCUACCUUGUCACCAAAAUGGUGGCAGUGGACAGAGAUUCAGGGCAGAAUUCUUGGCUUUCCUAUCAAUUGCUGAAGGCCACCGCUGCUGUGGGGACUCAGAAUGGGGAAGUGAAAAGCAUGAGACCAGUGAACAACUGAGUUAGUUUCAAAACUCUUAUUGUAGUUAGAGAUAAUGGCCAUCCUCCUCAGUCUGCCUCUGCCACACUAAGAAUUUUUCUAGCAGACAGCUUCUCUAAUCCUUACAUUAAAAUUAUGGAUAAGCCUAAAGGUGAAGUCCAGCAGGAGGGAGCAUACUCAGUGUAUUUGAUUAUCUGCUUGGUCACCAUCUCAUCCAUUUUUCUCCUUUCUGUCAUGCUGUUUGUUGCCUCCAAGAUGUAG